AGAAACCAGUAGGCUUCGGUGAACAUCUGUCUCGCAUGCGAGUCGCGCUCUGAUUGGACGCAUCCCCACCAAGAGGAUAUAGUGUCAGCUGUAUAAAUUGUUCGAAUGAUCGGCACAUGUCACGUGAAGAAGCAGAAGGAAUCACUUGUUGUAAGUUUCAUAGAGGAACCAGUGACUUAAUAGUACACAAUGUCUGCAGCAGGGUUUCUACCGAACGAUUCUUCCUUUGCAACGAGAGCAAUUCAUGAUGGCCAAGAUCCGGAAAAAUGGUCCUCGCACUGCAUGAUACCGCCAAUAGUUAUGUCAACUACUUUCAAACAAUCAGAGCCAUGUGUAUUUAAGGGAUAUGACUAUAGUCGCGGUGGAAAUCCAACAAGGGAUGUUCUCGAAUCUUGCCUAGCCUCUCUAGAUGAUGCUAAGUAUGGCUUGGCAUAUGCUUCAGGACUUGGAGCAACUACUACUGUUAUUCAUCUCCUCAAUGCUGGUGAUCAUUUUGUUGCCAUGGAUGACUUGUAUGGAGGCACAGUUAGAUACUUCAACAAGAUUGUGAAGAGAAUGAACAUAAAUGUCACUUAUGUUGAUGGCUCUGACCAUAAUGAGAUAGAGGCAGCAAUAAGAGACAAUACAAAGUUAAUAUGGAUAGAAACUCCAACAAAUCCUUUAAUGAAAGUGGCAGAUAUUAAGAAGAUAUGUGACAUUGCACACAAGAAAAACAUUCUAGUUGCUGUUGACAAUACAUUUUUGACUCCAUACUUUCAAAGACCAUUGAACUUGGGUGCAGACAUGGUUGUCUAUUCCUUGACCAAAUAUAUGAAUGGCCACUCGGAUAUAAUAAUGGGAGCAGUGACCACAAAUAAUCAAGAAGUGUAUGAGAACCUUAAAUUCUUACAGAAAUCCAUGGGUAUUGUUCCUUCUCCAUUUGAUUGUUAUUUAGUGAACAGAAGUUUAAAAACUUUGCACAUAAGGAUGAAAGAACACAUGGCAAAUGGCCUGGCAGUUGGAAAAUUUUUAGAAAGCCAUCCUUUAGUUGAAAAGGUUAAUCACCCAGGCCUGCCAGCGCAUCCACAGUAUGAACUGACACUGCGACAGUGCCAUGGUCACAGUGGAAUGAUCUCAUUUUAUAUAAAAGGUGGCCUAAAAGAAGCUAAGCGUUUUCUGAGUGCUCUAAAAGUCUUCACUUUAGCAGAGAGUUUAGGUGGAUUUGAAAGCUUGGCUGAAAUUCCCUCCCUCAUGACACAUGCUUCUGUCCCACCAGAGCAGAGAGAGAAACUUAGAAUUACAGACAAUCUGAUACGUUUAUCAGUUGGCCUCGAGUCCUCAGAAGACCUAAUAAAAGAUUUAGAUCAAGCUCUUCAGGCCAGUGCAAAAUGAAGGGACCACUCCAUAUGAUGUUUGCCAUAGUCAAUUUUUGUGAGGAAAAAGUAACAAAAUAAAAAAAAUGCCAUAUUUUUAGAGGAUUCAUAUUAUUACAGAAAUGAAAAUGCUAAAUUGUUAUUUCAUUUGGAGAAGAAAGCUCUGAUGAAGACAGUCAAUACAAAGUGAAUGAGAUGGCACGGUGCUAAAACAAAGGAUCAGUAUUUGGAAGGGCAGGUGUUCUACUUUUGCCCUCCCCUUCCAAAUCUAGUCGUCCACAUUUUACUUUCCAUAAUUUCCUCUAAAGACAAAUUCCAAUGUAGUUCCUUCCAAAGGUAACGACCAGUUUCUCCACCAUUCUACCCCAAUACGAGCUUGUGCCCACUCUCCAUUAACAUCAGAUCAUCGUUCCUUACCAUAAACAAAAUGCAGCAGACAUCUAGUACAGGCAUCGCUCAUUGUGUGGAGAGAUCCCACCUUUAUGAUCCACUGCAUUCAUGUUUUACACUAUUACAGAAAUGUGAUACUUUACUGGCUUGGUUGAGCAUUUCCAUCUUUGGCUUCCCAAUCAUUUGUUGAUUAGUCUAUUGCAGCAGUGUGAAUGUAAGGAAAAGCAAGGUAUUCUACAUUCAAAUAUGGGGAGUGUAUCGUAUUACAUUUAUGUUGCUGCACAAACUACAAAAAAAUAUUAUACUGAAAUGAUCUCUUCUAACCAGAGCUGUACCUAAAUUGAGCAUCUAAAACUGAAUUUAAAAAAAUAAAAAAAAUAUAGAUAUGUCUGUUCUAUCAGCCAUCCAGCUCCUUUCUGUGUAAAACUGUGUAUAAUUGAUUGAAUGUUUUCCCAGCCAAUGAGAUCUGUUUAUAAUUUGAAACUUCUUCCUUACUUCUCUUCAUAUGAACUGGCUGAAUUACUAAUUUUUAAGGUACUUGAUAUGUUUUCACUAAUACUACAAUUAAUAAGAUGGUUUAGUGAUUUCACUGGCACAUUUCUUUAACACCACAAUCAAGAUACCAUCCUAUCCAGAUGAUUGUUUGUUCUUUUAACAUGUUAAAAAAGUCAAAUAUCUCCUGCUGAAUCACCUCCACAAAUCUUAGCACUAAACAAUGUUUGAUGAUAUUUGGUGUGUCAACCUGUAGGUCUAUAAUGGGGGAUGGUUGGUCAAAAUGAGAGGGAAAGUACUUAUUCAACAAAUUAUGUAACGCAUUGAGAUCCUUCACUUUGUGGUCUUCGUGUGUUGUGCUGACUGGUUCACUUUCCAACUCGUUAUUGGUUUUACUACAUUUAUUGGUUAUUUUCCAGGAUGCCUUACCUAUGUUGGCUGAAUUCUCUACUACAUAAUUGUUUGUUUCAUAAAGUGUAAAAGGUAUGCUUUAAAGUCGUCGUCCCCCCCUCCCCCUUUUCCUUGACUGUACUUUUCCAUAAAAAUUUGAGGGUGGAUUAAAUAUAAACUGGAAUUUUUGUUUUA